GGGAGAGUCAACUUCAGACAGUGAGAGCAGAAUACUAGUGAGCACACGGUUCGAGCAGACAAGGAACAAGAGAGGACCAACUCUUGGUAUACCCACCAACAUCAAGCAGAGAUGAUGUCACUGUGCAGAAACCUGGCCGUGCUUCUCCUUUUUCUGAUUGCCUCGCCUCUCCCUCACUCCCACCUCUUCACUCAUGCUACCUCUACUACCGCUCCCGCCACUCGACCUCGGAUAAUAUUCCUGACUGGAAUCGGCUCAGAAGGUGACGAUGGCGAUGACGAUGGCGAUGGCGAUUACGAUUAUGGAAAACCCACAGUCCCUACUCAAGUGGUGAAAUCUGCGCAAAACCCCCUGGUCCAUCAGGCACCGAAGCUCUGCCAUUACGACUUCUGCUUGGAGAAUCAAGAGCCCUGUGACCAGAUUUCAGCAAAGACUGGGUGCCUCUGUCCAGGGGUCAGUGGGGGGGAUCAGCCUCCUCAUUCGCCACGCAUCCAAGAGCUGGUGCCAAUCACUCGAGGGGGGGACAGAGGGAAAAUAGAGAUCAGGUGGUGUGCUCCGUCUUCUGUGGUGACUAGGUACAAAGUGAUGAUAGAGGGAGGUGAAGUCGUUGAGUUUGAGGAUGUUUCCAGACGAGGUUUGGUCAGAUCUAUGGAAGUCGGGACCAAUGUGUGUGUAGAGGCGGUGAACAGUGCAGGACAUAGCAUCCCCUCAGACUUCUCCUGUAUGCGGUAUGAGCACCGUGAAUCUUCUGACCAUAAUCUGUUAGCUGGGAUUAUUGGAGGGGGGGUCACCCUCCUACUUGUUCUCAUCAUAGCAGCUGUGAUCCUCUGGAAGCAUCAAAUGCGUCAAAAGGCAAAGAGAGACUCUGCUAAUGGACUGGGAAAUCCUUCUUACAGCACAGAGGGGACUCUGUGAUCCACAGACAAUUCACCCCCCGCCCACUGAACAGUCCCCUUGAGACAGGGAAAAAUACAACAACAAUGUAAUCAUGAACAACACACAAACAGUUCUAGGGUGGUAAUAUGAUUGAUUGUAGAAUUAAGAAAUUGUUUAACAUAUCUUAACAUAUGUGGGGAAAGAGUAGUGGUGUUCAUGGAAUAACAUUAUCAAAUGGGCCAUUUUGUUAUUUUGUGGCUUGAACUACAGGUUUAUUUGCUGGCGAAUAAGCCUUUGUGGUUUAUUGUAGAGUUGUCUCCUCUUAUCAUGGCUUAAAUGUGUUGUAAAUAUAUUUUGUGUAGAAUAUAGAUUCUGACUCUUGUAAUUAACUAAAACUUAUUUUAAUAAAAACUUCGUAAAAGCUC